UUAAACCUGAACCCACCCUGCUGGCAUUUCUAAUAGUGAGAGAAAUAAAACACAAAAUAGAGAAGAAUAUAUAAGGAAAAUUUCUAUCAUCUUUUAUAAUACCAUCAAGGAGGUAUUUGGAGCUGAGUCAACCUGAUCAGUUACAUGAAAUAAAGAAUGGCAUAUUGUUGGCAAACAGAUCCAAAUCCCAAUGGAUCACAUGAAGACCAGCAUAAGCACAAAGGAUUUCAUUCUGUAAAUCAAACCCUUUCCUCUGGCCAAGUCAGUCUGGGGUUUGAUCAGCUAGUAGAUGACAUAAGCAGUAAAAUUCCCCUCUAUGAGAAAGAAAUGGGAGAAAACAACUUUAGUGUGCUCAGUGCACCAAACUGGAACUCAAAAAGGCAUCCAUUAGACGAAACCCACCAAGUGCCUCUGAAUGAAUUCACUUCUAACUGCCCAGAGCUCUCUUGGCAUCAAGGCACAAAAGCAUCAGUGAUCGGUUUUAGUCCUUCUGUGCUACCAAACUCUCAGCAGAUGAACAAAGAAAGUUCCUGGGGGUACCCUGUUAGACAAUAUCAUGGAGCCAAAGAUCCCAGAUUCAGUAUUUUCACCCCAUUUCCCACUUGUGUGGGUAAAAUUAAUCCACAGGAGGAAAUGGAAAAUGAAAAUCAUAACUACUAUAGAAAAUUCAAAAGUACCAUUCCUCCUUUACAUCCAUCCUUCUCACCUGACUUCAUGCCAGGAGAAAAGAGUGAAAGAAGCAGACAUGUGAACAUUGUGGACCCUUCCCUGAUGCUCUUUGAAGGUUCUUUUCCGCCAAGGACUUUGGAGAACACACGGCUAAAGAACACAGAGUCAAUAGGUUGUUCCAUUCAGUUGGCUGAAGUACCUCAAGGGAGUAAUAAAAGUCUAGCUUCUUUUUGUGACAAAGUAAAUAGAAUAAGAGAAGCUUACCAUGCAGCUGACAUUGAUUCCAAUUCUGGGAAGAUCUGGAGCACUGCUACAGCAUUUCCACAUCGACUCUUUUCUAACACCACAUUUAAGAUAAAUAUUUUUACUGGUAACUCAAUGCAACUACUUCAUCUCACAGCACAUGCUAACUGUCUUGUCAAAGACCUAAUUGCAGAAACGCUAAAUUUUUGUACAAAAGACCAGCUAUUUCCCAAAGAUCAUCUCCUAAGUAUAUGUGGCUCUGAAGAAUUUUUACAGAAUGAUCACUACUUGGGGAGUCACAAAAUGUUUCAGAAAGAUAAAUCUGUUAUUCAACUUCAUCUACAGAAAAAUAAGGCAAUUCCAGGAAAAUUAUCUCGAAAGCAGGAAGAUGACCACAGUCAGUUUUAUCUGAACCAGCUUCUAGAAUUUAUGCAUACUUGGAAAAUAUCCAGACAGUGCCUUUCAACAGUAAUAAAAAAAUAUGACUUCCACCUGAAAUGCUUGUUGAAAACCCAGAAAAAUGUGGAGGAAGAAUGUUUGUCACCAGCCUUCUCUGAGGCUCAAAAUGCUUUUCAGCAAAACGUGAAUAAUAUUAUUGAAGAAGUUAAAAAUAUAUGCAGUGUUCUGGCCUGUGUGGAAACCAAACAAAUCACAGAUGCAGUAAAUGAACUAAAUCUAAUGCUUCAGAGAAAAUCAGAGAAUUUUCAUCAAGAUUCUGAGACCUCAGCAAAAGGCCUGAUAGAAAGAGUGACAACUGAAUUAUCCAUGGCUAUCUACCAGUUAAUUGAUGUCUAUUGUAGCAGUUUUUAUGCAGAUUUUCAACCUGUAAAGGCACCUGUGAGCCUUUCCCCCAUGAGUCCUGAGCUCCACUCCCACCUGAGCUUCAGAGUGUAUGCAGUACACAACAUUCCAGAGCCCUGGGUGCACAGCUAUAAAGCAUUUUCUUACUCCUGCUGGCUUACCUAUGCUGGGAAGAAGCUGUGCCAAGUGAGAAAUGACAGAUCGAGUCCAGCGAAGAAGUUAGCUUUUCUCUUGGCCACCUGGAAUGAGACGAUCAAUUUUCCGCUUGAAAUAAAAUCACUUCCAAGGGAAUGCAUGCUUACUAUAAAAGUGUUUGGCAUUGCCUGUGAAACCAAAAAUGCAGAUUUACUGGCCUGGACUUGUCUUUCAUUGUUUCCAAAACAAAAAUCCAUUCGUGGGUCUAUGCUAUUCAGCCUGACAUUGCAUAGUGAGCCUCCUGUGGAAAUGAUAGCUCCGGGAGUGUGGGACACGAGUCAGCCAUCCCCACUGACCCUGCAGAUCGAUUUUCCACCUACUGGAUGGGAGUACAUGAAACCCGAUUCUGAAGAGAACAGAACUGCUCCUGAAAAACCACCGAAAGAAUGUUUGAAACAUAUAGGCAGACUCUCACAGAGACAGUCUCCUGUACUGCUUUCUGAGGAAAAGAGGAGAUACUUAUGGUAUUAUCGCUUCUACUGCAAUAACAACAACUGCUCCCUCCCUUUGGUCCUGGGUAGUGCCCCUGGAUGGGAUGAAAGCACUAUUGCAGAAAUGCAUGCCAUUUUGCGAAGGUGGAAGUUUUCUCAUCCCUUAGAAGCUCUUGGACUUCUGACCUGCAGUUUUCCAGAUCAAGAAAUUCGCAAAGUGGCAGUUCAACAAUUAGACACCCUCUGGAAUGAUGAACUACUGGAAUAUCUCCCACAGCUGGUUCAGGCUGUCAAGUUUGAAUGGGACCUUGAAAGUCCAUUGGUUCAGCUUCUACUGCACCGGUCGCUGCAGAGCAUCCAGGUUGCCCAUCGUCUUUACUGGCUGCUAAAGGAUGCACAAAAUGAAGCUUAUUUCAAAAGCUGGUAUCAGAAAUUAUUGGCUGCUCUCCAGUUCUGUGCAGGAAAAGCCCUGAGUGAUGAAUUUGCCAACGAGAGGAAACUUAUCAGAAUUCUGGGUGAUAUUGGGGAAAAAGUCAAGUCUGCCAGUGACUCUCAAAGACAGGAAGUACUGAAGAAAGAGAUUGUUAGAUUAGAAGAAUUUUUUCAAGAAAUAAGAACUUGUCACCUUCCAUUGAACCCUGCCUUAUGUAUCAAAGGGAUUGAUCAUGAUGCAUGUUCAUAUUUCACUUCUAAUGCUUUGCCUUUGAAGAUUACAUUCAUCAAUGCUAAUCCAAUGGGCAAAAACAUCAGCAUUAUUUUUAAGGCAGGCGAUGAUCUUCGUCAGGAUAUGCUGGUGCUGCAGAUUGCUCAGGUGAUGGACAACAUUUGGCUGCAGGAGGGCUUGGAUAUGCAAAUGAUCAUUUAUAGAUGUCUCUCCACAGGAAAAGGCCAAGGGCUGGUGCAGAUGGUGCCUGAUGCUGUCACCCUUGCCAAGAUCCAUCGCCAUUCCGGACUGAUGGGACCACUGAAAGAAAACACAAUCAAGAAGUGGUUCAGUCAGCACAACCCCAUCAAGGCAGAUUAUGAAAAGGCAUUGAGGAACUUUAUUUAUUCCUGUGCUGGCUGGUGUGUGGUGACGUUUAUCCUGGGAGUCUGUGAUCGCCACAAUGACAAUAUCAUGCUGACAAAGUCAGGCCACAUGUUUCAUAUUGACUUUGGAAAAUUCCUAGGUCAUGCGCAAACAUUUGGAGGCAUCAAAAGGGACCGAGCCCCUUUUAUUUUUACUUCAGAGAUGGAGUACUUUAUCACAGAAGGUGGGAAAAAUCCUCAGCACUUCCAAGAUUUUGUGGAGCUUUGCUGUCGAGCUUAUAAUAUUGUCCGAAAGCACAGCCGGCUGCUCUUGAACAUGCUAGAAAUGAUGCUGUAUGCUGGGUUGCCUGAACUGAACGGAGUCCAAGACCUGAAAUACGUGUAUAAUAAUCUCCGUCCACAAGACACAGACCUGGAAGCAACAAGUCAUUUUACCAAGAAAAUAAAAGAGAGUCUCGAGUGUUUCCCUGUUAAACUGAAUAACUUGAUCCACAUCCUUGCCCAAAUGUCAAGCACAAGCCCUGCCAAGCCUGCCUCACCUCCUUCCGCCCUGGAAUCCUGUACACCGAGUACAACCAAGUUGAUUCAAAGGGCAACGAUUUUGGGAUUUAGCAAGAAACGCAGUCACCUGUAUCUGAUCCAGGUAACACACGGUAACAACGAAAAAAGCCUGACAGAAAAGUCAUUUGACCAGUUCUCCAAACUUCAUAGCCAACUUCAAAUGCAAUUUGCACCGCUGGCUCUCCCAGAGUUUCCUCACUGGUGGCAUUUACCUUUUACAAACUCAGAUCACAAAAGAUUCAGAGAUCUAAAUCAUUACAUGGGACAGAUAUUAAAUGGAUCCUACAAAGUUGCAAACAGUGAUUGUGUACUUAGUUUUUUCCUCUCUGACCCUCUUCAACAAACUGAAGAAUCAUCACUUCUGGACCCAGGUGAACAGUUUCCUGACAAGAAGCCGAAGGUGCAGUUAGUCAUAUCAUAUGAGGAUGUGAAGCUGACCAUACUAGUGAAACACAUGAAAAACAUUCAUCUCCCAGAUGGCUCCAUGCCCAGUGCACAUGUUGAAUUUUAUCUGUUACCAUAUCCCAGAGAAGUUAGCAGGAGAAAAACAAAGUCUGUUCCAAAAUGUACUGACCCCACGUACAAUGAAAUUGUGGUAUAUGAUGAAGUAACAGAGCUCCAAGGACAUGUCUUAAUGCUUAUUGUGAAGAGCAAAGCUGUAUUUGUGGGAGCAAUUAACAUCCAACUUGGGAGUGUCCCACUCAAUGAAGAAAAAUGGUAUCUACUGGGAAACAGCAUAAUUUGACCAUUGCUGUGAACAUAUGCAUUAUUCAUUAACCACUUAUAAUCUUUUCCAUUUCUAGGCCUAUCACAUAACACAACAUUUAUUGUCAAAGAUACGUUAGGAUUUUAAGGACACAAGGAAAACAAAAAUCAGAAUGAGCCUUUUGCAAUUUAUUCUCUACCUGUGCUUUCAUUGCUUUCCAAGAACCUUUUCUCCUUUAUUGGAAUGCUGAUUAUGUGAGAUUUACUAUGUAAAAUAAGAGGACAUACACUUGUAAUAUAGCUUUCAAGUUAAACAUAUGUCGCAUUAUCUUAAUUGUGGGCCUACAGUUAAAAGCAAUAUUUAGUGAAUUUCCCAAGAAAUGCAAUCAAGUUUUACCAAAUGAUAUAACUUUAUCUUCAUGUAAAUUUAAAAUAUC